AUGAGUACACCAAAUUCAUCACCAACAUCUAUUAGUUCAUCAUAUUCUGCUGCGUCUUCUGGUUCUUCUUCCACUUCUGGUUCCUCUUCCUCAUUAUAUGUGUCAGCUUUGUCUUCUGUUUCAGCUUCGAGUAGUCCCUACUCACAUACUAGUUCAGUAGUUGCAAGCAACUCAUCCUCAUUCCCUACAUUAAUGAGUACUGUCAGCUCAACAGAAAGCGUUACAUCUCAUCAAGAGGCUUCUUUGAGCUCUUCAGUUACCAUAUCGAGUUCUUCUGUGGCUUUGACAUCAAAACAAACCAGUUCUCAGAAUUCUGCUUUUGCAAACAAGACAGUAUCAAUUCCUUCACCAUCAACCAGUAUAUUCACUGACACUGUCGGUAAAACUAUAACUAAGGUUAUCACAUAUUGCUCAGAAACCGACAAUCAAGGUAAUGUAGGUACCAGGACUUCAAGUUACACUAUUGACGCUUCAAAUGCAAAUCUUGACGCUACAGGAUCUUUAGUUGUAUCACGUGAAACUACAACAAAGUCACGGCGUCAAGAUGCUAGUGAGGCCAUCACAGGCAAAUCUCAUUCCCUAACAUCUUCUGUUUCUGUAGUUGAGCUACAUUCGAGCGCUGUAAUUUCUCAAUAUGCAGGUUCUGCUGCCAAUUUAAGUUGUUUGAGUAGAAUUGGAGCUUUAGCUACCUUGUUAGCUUUAUUGUUGCUAAGCUAA